CCGGUGUGAGCAGCCAUGGGGGCCCGCCGGCGGGACGCGGAGGCGCGGGGGGCGCAGGAACCGGCGGCGGCGGGGCCGGGGGGGACGCCCUCCAUCGCCCGCUCGCGGGGGCGAGGCGGGGCGGUCGACGGAGGGCGGCGGCGGCGGCGGGGACAGGCCGCGGGCCCGGCCCCGGCGGAGGAGGAGGAGGAGGAGUACGUGGUGGGGCAGGUGUCGGGCAGCCUCUGCCCCGGCGCGGCGCCCGCCGCCCCGCUCGCGCAUCUCUUCAGCGCCGCCGCCGCCCCGCCGGUGCUGGUGGCGGCCCCACCGGGGGAAAAUAAGAAAAGAAAGCGUACUGAAGAAGCGGAGAAAGAGUCAGAAGACCAGAGCUCAUCUGCCGCGCAAGAACCUCCUAUAAAAGUAAAGAAAGCCAGAAAGAAGGAACUUUCAAAAGCAGAGAAAAAAUUGGCAAAGAGGGAGAGCGCUUUGGAGCGGGCAGAUGAAGAGGAGGAGAAAAAAUUGUUUCAAAACAAAGCAAAGCAAAAGAAAGCAGCUUCUCAUGUCGUCACCAAAAGUGUCGCUAAUUCAGAUGCAGGCACUACUGUAAAACAACAGAAGAAGAAAAAGGUGGUUGAUGAAACGGUAAACAGAAGAACAGUGUUUGUUGGAAACUUGCCUGUCAACUGUACUGUGCAGGCGCUGAAAUCUCGUUUUAAAGAGUAUGGACAAAUAAAAUCCAUUCGGUUCCGGUCUUUGGUUCCAGCAGAAGACACUUUAUCCAAAAAGUUAGCAGCAAUAAAGCAUAAGGUGCACCCUAAUGCAAAGUUCGUUAACGCCUAUGUUGUAUUCAAGGAAGAAUGUGAUGCUAUUAAGGCUCUAAACGAAAAUGGAACAGAAAUUGCUACUGGAUUUCACAUCAGAGUUGACAUUGCAUCAAAAAACAAUACGCAUGACAAUAAACGGUCUGUAUUCUUGGGAAAUCUUUCAUACGACAUCAGCGAUGAUGCUGUGCGCGAACACUUUUCUGUCUGUGGGGGCGUAGUAGCAGUGCGAAUUGUGAGAGACAGAAAGACCGGCUUGGGGAAAGGCUUCGGCUACGUUCUCUUUGAGAAUACGGACGCUGUACAUCUUGCUCUGAAACUCAACAACUCUGUUCUGAUGGGAAGAAAGAUCCGAGUGAAGCGCUGUGGAGAGAAGUGGAAGACACCACAGAAAAGUCCAGAUCAGCCUCGUGCUCCUAAGGACAGAGUUGGCACCACGCUGAAAAAGAAGAGAUGCUCUAAUGAUUCAUUUGUUGGUGAAAAGGCAGUCCCGUUAAAGAAGAGCACUAAACCAAAAAGACUAAAAGCUACUCCUAAAAAAAAAGCUGGGAAAAACAAAGAGUCUUUUGAUAAAAAUCAGUCAUAUAAAAAUGUUAAUUACCAGUACAAAGAUUGAUGUAUGCAAGAGCGUUCUGUCAUAAAUGUUGUUUCCUAAUA